AUGUUUGCGUCAAAGAUAAGGGGCUUCAUCUGGAAUGAGCUCGUUAUGAGCUCAUUUACUAUCGACAAGGCCGCGAUGAGUCGCCUCCUUGGAGGUGAGCUCUCUCUCCAGUUUCAUCUCUGCUCGGGACUGUGGCGGAACUCUGCUCCCGCGCGGGAUCCGUGAGGAAAUCUCCUAGGAUGCUUAGAUUCUAUGUCAUUUUCAACUAGUUGCGAAUAGAUCGGUCGAAAUAGUUAUUCAACUCUUGCAAACACCGUUGUUUUCAAUAAGCAAUCAGUUUUCCACCUUUUGAAUAUAGGAAUCAAAAUUGAAACUAAAACUCGAGUCUUUUUUCGAAUGCCACAGUCUUGAGCGUCUUCCUGAGUUUAAUGUGAUUUCUUUCGAUAAUACGCCUUUAAUUCAGAAAUAUGAAAAAGUUUUUCCAAGUCAUAAUUAUUUUUGCCUUUACGGCUAUUUUUCUGAAAAUCGCCUUCCCGAAACUUGUUCAUAAGUCAGAAACUGUUUGAAAAAGCAUAAUCACGGUCUAGAUUUUGCCUUAUUUCAUGCCAGAUUUUCAAAGCCUCACCAAAAUAUAUAUCUUCAACAUGCUUUUUUUUUCAGCGAUCACUAUGACUUGCCGGAGAAAGCGAGAUUCUUUGAUUUUGAAGAUUUCAUCGUAUGAGUGCGCAGCUUCUUCUACUGAAGGUGUGUUUCUAAUUAGCACUCUUCUUUUGAUUGAUUAAAAGUUUCAGAGAAGUGUCUUAAGAGGUCGGCGUGGACUUACCCAUCCGAAGACGCGAUCGCACCGCACCUCGACUUCCCUCGAUGCGAUGAUGAAUUGAUUCUCACGAGGCCCUUCUCCCCUUCAAUUCCAUCGAUUGAUGGUAGACUUCAAACAAGAAGCCGGCGCGAUCACCAUUCUCCACGCCACGAUUAUUAA